AUGAACAGCUGCGUGCGUCUGUGCGUCUUGAUGGUGGUACUGGUGGCGGGCGCCCUGGCGCAGCUCGCCCCUCCUGCGGCUCCAGAGGGGCCUCGAGGGCAGUGGGCAGAGGAGGCGCCCCGGAGGCCACUGAGGGGGCCGGGUUCAGGCCCCUGGACAUUUGACCUGGCUUUCCCUCAGGAUCAGAUCAGGAUCCUGAAGGCAGAAUGA